AUGCCGAAUAGUGACUGUGCUGGUGCUCUCGUAUUAGAAGAUGGUUCGGUAUUCAAUGGCUUCUUGUAUGGUGCUAAGAUUCCCCAGUCUGGGGAAGUGGUUUUUCAGACAGGAAUGGUGGGUUAUGUAGAAUCCUUGACCGACCCAUCAUACCAUUCCCAACUACUGGUACUAACGUAUCCAUCUAUCGGUAAUUAUGGUGUUCCAUCACCGGACGAUGUUGAUGAAUGCGGUUUGCCUAGGUGGUUUGAAUCAAGACAAAUAUAUGCUAAAGGGCUAAUUGUUUCUGAAUUGUGUGAAGAGUUUUCUCACUUUUCAGCAGUCAAGUCACUUAGUCAUUGGUUAUGUGAAAGUGGUGUUACGUGUAUAAGUGGUAUCGAUACGCGAUCCCUAACCCUGAAGCUUAGACAACAUGGUACGCUUCUAGGGAAAAUUAUUCCCCUUUCACUACAUCCAGAAGCAUUGGAUUGGAUUGACCCUGCUAAAAACAAUCUAGUUUCAGAAGUAAGCAGAACUGAUAUCAAAGUUUUCAACCCUCAUGGUGAUGUUCAUAUCGCUGCACUAGAUUGCGGCAUGAAGUUCAAUCAAAUACGUUGUUUUGUUAGGAGAGGUGCAAAGGUGACGGUUUUGCCCUGGUCAAGUGACUUGACUAAAACCGAAACAAAUUAUGAUGCACUAUUUAUUAGUAAUGGUCCUGGGGACCCUAUUCAAUGUAAGGGUAUUAUUGACCAAAUUCGAGGAUGGAUGACCACAAAAAAACCUUUAUUUGGCAUUUGCUUGGGUCACCAGUUAGUUGCUUUAGCAUGUGGCUUCAAAACAUACAAAAUGAAAUACGGAAAUAGGGGUCACAACCAACCUUGUGUUCACUUGCCCACUGGACGCUGUUUUAUAACCAGUCAGAAUCAUGGAUAUGCAGUUGACACUAAAAAUAUUCCGGAUGGCUGGUAUGAAUUGUUUCGGAAUAAAAAUGACCGGUCAAAUGAAGGUCUUGCUCAUUACAUUUAUCCAUGGAUGACUGUUCAGUUUCAUCCUGAACAUAUGGCUGGACCAAGCGACCUGGAGUUUUUGUUUGAUGUUUUCCUAAAUUACAUCCGAUCAUCCGGUGGACAGAGUCUAAGUGAUCAUCUAACGAGGCACAUUUCCUAUAACCAGGAGGAAUUUGAAAGAGUGCUUUGCAGUAAAGACAAUAAACCAAGAAAGGUUUUGCUUCUAGGUUCUGGCGGGUUGUCAAUUGGUCAGGCUGGGGAAUUUGAUUAUUCUGGUAGUCAGGCUCUUAAAGCCCUUCGAGAAGAAGGUGUUCAAACGUUACUAAUCAAUUCGAACAUUGCAACUGUACAGACGACCGAAGGAAUGGCUGAUAAGAUAUUUUUACUUCCAAUCGCCCCAGAUUCUGUUGCCCGCGUUAUAAAGCUGAGCGUCCGGAUGGUCUUCUGA